AGCUGCAGAGAGUUGCACACUUCUGGUUAUAGGAACCUGGUUAUAGGAAAUAAAAAGAAUCUGAAUCUUUUUGCAUCAUGAGUUCUGAAACAGCCGGAGAAACUAUCACGGUGAAGACGGGCGAUGCUGCAGGAACAGCUGGUCCGGAUAAAGGGGGAUGGAAGUGUCCCAUGGGGGACCACCACGUCCACAGAGAUGAUCUGAGGAAGGUGUGGAAAGAAUGCCACGAGGAAAGCUUCUGGUAUAGAGCUCUUCCCUUCUCUCUGGGCAGCAUGGCCGUCACUGGAGGACUCAUCUACAAAGGCAUUUGGAAUUCAUCAAAGAGAUUUGGUCCAUUUCCAAAGCUAGCAGUUGCUGGGAUCCUCGGUUAUGCCUUGGGGAAAGCAUCUUAUGUUGGAACUUGUCGGAGCAAGUUUCAGGCGAUUGGCCUUGAGGGUCGACCAGGAUUUGGUCCCUGGUCUCGUCCUGGACACAGGUCCUGCCACCAUGUGUGUGAAGAAUGUAAGAAAAAAGCUCCAGCUGCUUCUGCAGAACAACUGAAAGGUUAAAGCCUCAUCAGAAACACUGAAGGAUCGACUGUCAGCGUGGAAACAUCAGCUGCAGCUUUUCUGUGUCUUUAACACCAUAAAUAAUGCCUAUAAUUUGUCCAAAGUAUAUUUUGAUAUAUUGCACAUUAGUUAUUCAGGAGAAACCAUGCACUAAAAUGUCCACUAGGGUGAGCUCCUCUCCUUUCAGUCAGAGAUACUCUGUCAUGUAUUUACAGUUUCAUCUGUAUUAUUUAAUCUGCAGGAGUACAAAGUCUUUUGUAUGGAGUGCAACAGAGAAAUUAAGCACAUGUAGCUUGGUUUCAUUAUCAGCUUCAAUAUACUUUUGUAACAACGACACAAAAUAAAAAUAAAAUAUUUU